AUGCAUUUGACGAGUUCAGUGGAUCUGGACCUGAAGGACUUCACAGUACAGCAAUGUCUCGACAUUCUCAACGUGUAUCCGAAUUUGAAGAAUCUCCGCACCGACUUCUCGACAAGGCGUGACCUGUCCUACAACGAGGAGUCUUACAACGAAGAUUGUUCUAUUAUAUCGCAUAACCUCCAGGUCCUUGUUCUACAGUGCGAUAAGGCUUCGGCAUUCGUAGUUAACAAACUGGUGCUCCCUGCUUUGGAACAAUUGGUCUACGAUGACAAGAGUGCCGAGAAUGGAUGCGCGAAUUUCUUAGCUUUUGUCAAACGUUCUUUACCACCAUUAACUCAUUUAGAGAUUACUGGCCAGUGUGCGGAUGACGAUGUAGUGUCGCAUGCUCUCCCUCUUCUUCCCAUGCUUGAGGUUCUCAACCUGGUGUUCUGCAUCGUUUCAGGAUCGUUCUUUGUUCUUCUUUCUAUUCCAAGUGGUGCGGGAAUGGGCAGCAGAUGUAAGGUCGUCUCCAUCGGAACCCAUUCCCAGUCGUCUGAGAUCUGGGAGCUAGUUGUAGAAGGCAAUGCAACCUGA